CUGUGAAUGUUACACAAAACAGUGUGCUGUCAUGUACAUGGCAUUUAUGUUCCAGUUUAUGUUUAAAUGGCUACUCAGAUGAAAAUGUCUGUUCCAGUGUUUACAGAGGUGGACAGGAAUGUUUUUCUCCGACAAAUAUAUCCAAAGCGUAUUCCUGCUGUGCUGCGAGGAGUGUCUCUGGGUCCCUGCGUGGACAAGUGGACUGUGGAGUAUCUUGCCCAGAAGGGAGGUGACAAGGAAGUGAAGAUCCAUGUCUCCAGCUUACCACAGAUGAACUUCCUCAAAAAAAACUUUGUAUACAGGACUCUUCCGUUCCAUGAAUUUGUGAAAAGAACGUCGGAGGAGAAACAUACAGAUUUCUUCUUGUGUGAGGAUGAGAGCUAUUACCUUCGGUCCCUGGGAGAAGAUGUUCGAAAGGAGCCAGCUGACCUGCAUAAACAGUUCCCUGAGCUAGCAGAGGACUUUCACAUCCCAAACUUCUUUGAUCCUGGUCAGUUCUUCUCCAGCGUCUUCCGCAUCAGCUCCCGCCAUCUGCAGCUGUGGACACACUAUGAUGUGAUGGAUAACCUUCUGGCUCAGGUGACGGGAAGGAAGAGAGUUGUCCUCUACAGCCCCCGGGAUGCAUUGCACCUCUAUUUGACAGGUGACAAAUCCGAAGUCUUGGAAAUUGACUCGCCCGAUGUGAACUUGUAUCCUGAGUUUGUGAAGGCUGUGAGAUACGAAUGCGUGCUGGAGCCUGGAGAUCUGCUUUUCAUUCCUGCCCUGUGGUUCCACAACACCCUGGCGCUGCAGUUCGGCGUGGGAGUCAACGUCUUCUGGCGCCAGCUCCCCGCCGACAGCUACGACAAAAAGGACCCGUACGGCAACAAAGACCCCGUGGCUGCGAGUCGCGCCCUUCAAGGCCUCGAGAGGGCGUUGCGCUGCCUUGACGAACUGCCGUCAGACUACGCUGACUUUUACGGCCGCCGCAUGAUUCAGCGAAUCCGUGAGCGAACGUUGUGCCCACAGGUGGACUUGGAGUGAUUUCACGCUAUAAAGUGGCAUUAAAGCACACACAUUUCAGGCCCUAAAAAAAAAAAAGGCAGUGGCAAGAUUGCAGCAAAGGUUUUGACACUUUAUUGCACAAAGAUAACUUUUGUUUGUUUGACACAUUCAUAAUUUAAGCUUUUUUUUUUUUGUAAACAGUGAAGCAGCAUUUCCCUCAGUGUCUUUGACGUCUUCACCGCUUUGAGUCCCGGAUGUCACAUUUCAUCAGUAUCAUCGAAAUACUUUGGCGUUGAAAUGCAAAGUGAGCAAAAA